ACCUGCGUGAAGAGAAACGGCGAGCUCGUUUUAAUAACUCACUCACAAAUGCAGUAACUGGUCUGCAGGGCACCCCUCUUGAAACUCGUUUAGGUUUCCUCUCGCUGCGUGGCAUAGAAUUUUCGUCAUGUACGCUUCGUUACUACUGCUCUUAGUGUGGACACUCAUGCUGAGCCCUGGAACAGCCAUCAGCAGUGAAGAGUUUGGGCUGCAUUACGUCAAGGCUUAUUUUGAUGCCAUCGGUGUCGACUUCGAUGACUCCGCUUGCCGCCCUCAGUCCAGGUACAUUACGUCCACGGGUGGGACCAACAUGCCUUUCCAGGCUCAUCCAUUCUCCCAUGCUUUGGAGAACUAUACACAUGCGGCAGAAAAGGUCAUCGACUACAUGGCGAGCGGCGUGAAUGCCUUCAUAGAGAACGCUAACCAGUCCCGUGGGCCCAUGAAGGAUCUGCAACUGUUUUUGGAGGUGACCCUGCAGGAUGUCAUCAACGAACCCAAGGUUAACGCAUGCGAGGGCACAUCCCUCUUCAAGCAUGUUGUGAUCGAACCCCAGAAAUACCCGGCGGAAGAUGACUCCGAAGCGGCUUUGUUCGAGUACGUUGCAGCCCUCGCAGAACUAACAAAGUUCGUCAACGCAGAGGCUGUGAAAGUGGAGACAAACGCCUUGGUUAUAUCUCUUUGGACUGGGCACGUGUCUCAGGUUCGCAAGGCAGCGGCUGCAAUCGGAGAGGAAGUGACCUCGGCUCUUCUAGCAAUGUCUGGACAAUCCGGAAUUCCAAUUCUAGAGGGCAACGAACUUGGUGAAUGGGCCAAAUGGACGCUGUGCAAUCAACUACUAAGGCUGAGACCGUCAAGGGAGCUUCGUGAAACUCUCACCUUGGCCAGGGACUUGCCAACAUGGAGGGACUUUGGAAACUAUAGCUUGGAGAUGCUCAAUGGUGUUAUCAGGAGCGUAGCGGAAAAGGACUACACAUACCAGGCAGCUCUGGCUGAGCUGACCGGCUACCUUGUUCAGGCACCCAGCAGUAGGCAGAACAUAUACUGGACCAUGGUUAAGCUGCUACCAAAGCUAAGAGAGGCAUACUACUCCCAUUCAAACCAGCAGGAAUGACAGUCGGAUCUUGGAGGUAUGAUAUUUGAGGUGGGCGCUAUCCUUUAUCACUACGGGUUCGUGGUCGACCAGAAUCUUCGUGACAGCAUCUUUGGGAUCGGUGAGCGACUCGGUGUCUUAGCCGCUGGACCCGAAAAGAAGUAACCAACCGGAAUGCAAGGGCCGCUGUCAUUGGGAGUGAUGACGUUUCUUUGGCGCUGCGAAAUAAAGGUGUUUUGCAAAUUGA